CUCAAGCACGAGCAGCUCGUGCACCUGGAGCACGACUAGCUCCUCUGGCAGCAGAGAGCAGCAGCGAGAGAGCACAGAGGACAAGUGCCUGGCCGUGCUGAAGAUGCUGGUGAGCAAGGGAGAUCCUGAGGCGAAAUACACAGAAGUGGAAACUCUUGGCAAAGGGGGUUUCGGCACUGUGUGCAUGGCAGUGGAGUCUGCCACAGGAGAAGAGGUGGCCAUCAAGAAAAUUAGUCUCCUGCAAGAGAGCAGCAGUGAGCUGUGCCUGAAUGAAAUCCAGGUCAUGCGUGGCACUAAGAAUGCCAACCUUGUGAACUAUGUAGACAGGUGAGUGGUUCUGCUGUCCUGCCAUGAAAGGUCAUUCACAUCCUGCAAGCCAGAGGUUCAACCACUCCUUUGGGCACUGGCAAAAGAGGAUGGAGCUGUUAAUUCCUGUUUCUGGGCUGAUUUACAGCAUCUUGGAAGGAGAUUGCAUUGGGGCUGCAUUAAUCUUUCCUGGCAUACCUAGUGUGAAGGGCGCUUUCAAAGACAGGACUGGGUCCUGUCUUACUGAGCCAACAGCCUCCAAGUUCCUGUCCUCUCUCCACAUUGUUUUGUUGGGUUUGGGGUUUGAUUUUUCCCCUGGGUUUGAAGUGCUAACAAAGCACUGUCUAUUGUAUUUCCCUUGGCCUGUUGCAUUGGUGUGGAUACCGAGCUGUCUUUUACACUGCACAGAGUUCAAACCCUGUAGAGCAUAGUGAAUGACUACUCACUUCCUCCUGUGUUCCUCUGAGAGAGACACAGAAAACAAGAAUCCACCAGGUCAUGUAAGUGCAUGCCUUAAUCUGCAUGCUGUUGUUUCCUCCUUUCAGCUACCUGGUGGACGAGGAACUCUGGCUUGUGAUGGAAUACAUGGACGGAGGUUCUUUACAUGAUGUCAUCAGGGAGACUCACAUGGCAGAAGGAGAGAUAGCAGCUGUCUCUCGGGAGGUAAGGGAUGGCACUUGUGCUUCCCAUGGCUUGGUCGGGAUGGUCCUUCCAAAUGGGUGAUAAGGAGAGGAGAGAUUUCAUCUUCCAAGACUUUCUCUUAUGUCCUUGGCAGUAGCAAGACCAUCUGAAGUGCCUGCCAGUGUCCCUGCCCUUCUUCUAGCGUGUUUGUGUUUGCCUCUCUAAACACUUCCCUGGUGCCUGUGUGUGCUGCAUUCCUUCCCUGUAAGGGCAAAUGUGAUGGUGGCGCAAAGUGAAGCAAGGGGCAAAGACAAAGAGAUACUCACAGGACUCUCCCAGAGCUCAGCCUCAAAGGAGAGCCUUGCACCCAAAGUGGUGUUUGCAAAGGCAUCCACUGCUGUCUGGCUGGAGAGAGCACAGCCACUGCAGCAGGGCUCCUUCAGCCUGUGUUUGCCGGGCACUGGCCAGAGGAACAAUUGCCCCUUCUCUCUCAAGCAAACACACCCUCACUUAGAAAGGCACUGCUGUCCUCGUGGUGGAGCAGCAGGCUCUUGCCCUUGCCAGCAGCCUGUCCUGCCAUGGCUCACCAUCCCCCAGGAAGUCAGUGUUUCAGAUGUGCCACUUCCCUGCUUGUGGGAUGAAAUCCACUUAGGCUCGUGUUUCUUUUUCCUCUCUCAGUGCCUGCAAGGCCUGGAUUUCCUGCACUCCAAUCAAGUGAUCCACCGCGAUAUCAAAAGCCACAACAUUCUCCUGGGCUUGGAUGGAUCUGUCAAGUUGGCUGAUUUUGGCCUUGCUGCUCAGCUCACUGCUGAGCAGAGCAAACGGAGAUCAGCUGUUGGGACUACUUACUGGAUGGCGCCAGAAAUUUUCACCAGGAAGCCCUAUGGCCCCAAAGUGGACAUCUGGUCCUUUGGAAUUGUGGGGAUCGAGAUGGUGGAAGGAGCGCCUCCGUACCUGAUGAAAACC